UAUGCCAUGCCUUGCCGAUCGGUAUUGCCGAUCGGCAAAGCCGCAUGUAGUACGGACGCAAUUGCGGCUUGGGUUCGGGGCCGAAAGCCGAACCGAUUCCAAACCCGAUUGAUGGCGGUCUCGAUGAAAGAGAACCGUACCGAUCAGUGUAGUGUGUACGUUUUGUAGGCAAUCCUCGUCGGCAUUCAGUGAGGGAUCAGUGCAAUUGAUCACGAAGACAUCUCGUGGCCUGUCGAUUCACAAUAAUUGUGUGCUUUAUUGUUAUUCGGGAAAUGGAGUGGAAUGAAGAAAAUACACAAAACCUACUUGAAAUGUAUCAUGAGCGCCCCGUUCUGUGGAACAGCCGAUUGGCAGAUUAUAAAGACCGGAACAAACGUCGCGAUGCAUUGUUGGAAAUAAGCGUAUCUUUUGGAGUGGAGAAAGAGGAAAUCGAAAAAAAGAUUAAGAUAUCUCUUAAGUCACUUUGCACGGGAAGUAAAAAAAGAGAAAGAUUCAGAAAAAAGUGGUAAUGGAACCGUAGAAACUUACAAAAGUAAAUGGUUUGCGUAUAAGUUAAUGGAAUUUCUGAAGGAUAAGAAUAAACCUAUUGUAACGCAAGAUUCAGAGGGUAAACGAAAACGAAAGGAAGAAGAUUCACAAGAAGUAGAAACAGACGAUGGAGAAGAGUCGCUACAAGUAUUGGAACAGAGCAUUGAUGGUUCCGAAAAUGAGGUUGGAACAACAGCUCAAUCUCAAUCUAAAUCAAACUCAAUUAACAUUGUGAAGUCCCGUGGUCGAAAAAGUAUGGCUACUAAUUUACCAAUUGUAAACGAGGCAGUGAAUCUUAUGCGAUCUAUUACUACUAAAAGGGCUGAAAAGGAUGAAUUUUCAUUGUUUGGUGAACAAGUUGCAAUGAAGCUUCGAAAAAUUGUGUCGCCAUUUGCUAGAUUUUCCGUUCAGAAUAUAAUUAAUACUGUUCUAUUUGAAGCAGUUACUGUUCUUAUUUCAUAAAUCAUUCUCAUCCAUCUACUCCACAAGCAUAUCCACUGCAAUCAUUCAAUGUUGCCCAUAAUUCAAUACCAUCUCCAGGACAUUACCCCAAUACAUUAAGUGGUCGGAGUUCGACAUCAACUUCUACUAUUAAUCAAGAUGAGGACAUUCACACUCUCUUAUUGACGUUGUAAUUUCUUAUAUUUUUAAAUAUAUAACAAACUACGAUGAAUAGUUAUUUUUUCUUACCUUUACGUAAUCUUGAAGAGCAUCUAUGAGCGCUUUGCAUACCUCUGCAACACAUUUUGAAAUAGUUUGCUUAGAUAUUUUGAAGGUAUACAUGAGAGAAUGGUAGGAAUCUCCACUGGCAAAAAAACGUAGCGUAACUGCAAGUCGUUCAGAGGCAGGAAUUGCUGCUCUAAAUGACGUAUCUUUUCUUGAAAUAACAGGUCCAAUCAAAUCUAAUAAUGUUUGGAAAUCUGUUUUGGUCAUUCGAAAAAAAUUUCUGAA